AUGAAUUAUUUCAAACAGUUUUUCAGUUCAUCAGCAACUAAAUUAUCAGCGGUAAGGAACUGAUACAGUAAUCUUUAUCCACCAAAUUUAAGGAAGUUACGGGAAAUCAACCAAGUCCAAUUGAAACUGCAAUCUGUCCAACUCCAAAUCAAUCCCGUAGAAUUAUCAAAACUGCAGAUGGAAUUGAAUUGAUUUUAACAGCUGAAGAUGUUUCGCAUCUCGAAGUUAUUCAAAGUAUGUUCGAAAAUCUGAAAAGUCUUGGAGAACAAGAACAAUCUCAACAAUUUGUUUUGAUUCCGAUUUCAAUUGAUUCUGAGACAAUGAAAAGAGUUAUUGAGUGGUCGAAAAGAAUGAAGAAAGUCAAAUCAAAAAGUGUGCCGAAUUCAGAAUCUGGGAAAUUUUUUGAAGAUCUUCAUAUAAAACAAUGUUUUCAAUUGGUUGAUGUGAGUUUUGAAUAAAAAGCUUCAGUCUUGAACUUGAAGGCUUUAAGUUCAAAAUCCUGGCAUUUCGCUUUUUCUAGGCUAGCCUUUUCUUGGAAGUUCGAGAUUUGGCAGAAUCAGCAUCCAAAUAUAUCGCGUCUCGUUUGGAAGGAAAAACACCAGGUGAAAUGGCAACAAUUCUUGGACUUAAAGAUUUUUGGCUCAAAGACGAGGAGGCUCGUAAAAAUUUGAAUAUUUUAAGAGCCAUCACAAUGCCUGAAACUAUUGUUCUAACUUAA